AAUCUCACUUAGAGGGGCGGCGGGCUGCAGGAGCUCCGACCCGAUCCGAACCUCGCAGAUGGAGGGGCUAGCUGAAACUCUGGAGCGUCUCCGGGGGCGCGUCGUGGCUGGAGCCAGAGCCAGAGUCCGAUCCGGAUCUAGAUCUAGGUCUAGAUCUGGAUCUGGAUCUGGAGCCGAAGCUGGAGCCCAAGCAGUGCAGCCGCGACUGCGGGCUGGGCAGUCACCGGACGGUCUGGCAGGGGGCCUUGCGCAGCAACCGGAUGGCAGCAUUGGAGGAAAACUUGGCUUUGAAAUGAGGAUGCGAGAAGGAAUAUGCAAACUCCUUUCACUGAGUACUCAAAAAGACCAAAUCUUAGAGGCUGUUAAAAAUCUGAUGGUUUGCAAUGCCCGAAUAAUGGCCUAUACAGAAGAACUACAGAAACUGGAAGACCCUGCGAUCCGUGAAGCCACAGAAAGACGAUGCAGGAAUGAAGCGGAAGCGCGUAAGGCUUGUAAAGGAAAGGUUGCGCUCUCAGAUGUUCGAAUACCAUUAAUGUGGAAAGACUCUGAUCAUUUCAGUAAUAAAGAAGGAUCGCAGCGCUAUGCUGUAUUUUGUUUGUUCAAGAUGGGAGCUGAAAUUUUUGACACCGAUAUGGUUAUUGUCGAUAAAACAGUCACUGACUUAUGUUUUGAAAAUGUAACUAUAUUUAAUGAAGCUGGGCCAGACUUUCAGGUAAAGCUAGAAGUCUAUAGUUGCUGUGCUGACGAGUCCUGUCUAACAAAUACGUCGAGAAUAUUUGCCAAGAAACUGAGAUCAUCUUUCAGUAAAGCAACGGCGAAAAAAUUCAAUUGUAUGCAGCGGGAAAAUGACCUUGACGCUGGCUUUCACAUCAGCCCAGAAAGACUCGGUGUAAAGUACAAUUUGCUUGCACAUACUACGCUAACCUUGGAACAUACUGAAGAUAGUUUCAAGACUCAUACUCUUACAAUUACUGGAAAUGAAGAGUCAUCAUUCUGGCUCCCCUUGUAUGGCAACAUGUGCUGCCGAUUAGCUGCUCAGCCAGCUUGCAUGACUGAAGAUGCAUUCAAAGGAUAUCUUAAUCAGCAGCAAAAGGUCUGCAAUAUUAUUCUGUGGAGAAGGCUCUACUGUGUGCUGAGAGGCAGCCAGCUCCUGUGCUAUUGCUGCGCAGAAGAAAUCGAGGCGAAAAUGGAACCCACUUUGGUAGUGCCCAUUAACAAGGACACCAGAGUCUCCGUGGUCCCCAAGAAGGCGAGUCACUUCUCCAUCGUCAACAUUGAGGCUGGCCUGGGGGUCACAGAGGUCUUCGUGGCCGAUGACUCGGAGGAGUUUCACGCGUGGAUGGGAGCUUUCUCGCAGCAUUUCUUGAGCUUCAGCCAAUGGAAGCAUUGUUGUGAAGAACUUAUGAAAAUUGAGAUUAUGUCACCACGGAAACCACCUUUGUUUCUAACAAAAGAGGCGACCUCAGUCUACCAUGAUAUGAGCAUUGAUUCCCCAGUGAAAAUGGAGAAUUUAACUGAUGUAAAAAAGAAGAAAAUUGAAGAUACUAAAGGGCAGCUCCUUAAUAGUCUAGAGCGACCUUUAUCCCCAUGGGCUAAAGUAUUUGAUGGGACUCAUCAAAUGGCCAUCCAUAAAACUGUUGUGGUGCUUCCAGAGAACAAACAAUUAAACAGCAAUGAUGGGAAAGUGAAAAAAAGGCGAGCGCCCCUGCCUCCUUCGGAUAAGCCACUGUGUAGCGUGAAAGGACAGAUGGACAAGGAGAACCUCUGGGAAGAGACGAGCUUUGUGUCCCGGACCUCCUCGUCGAAUGCCUCAUCCUUAAUGCAUCAGUUAUAGACACCUACGACUGGUUCUCGGUGAAGAGAAUGGAUCAGAUCCUCUCCGUUCUCAAACCAGAUGCCAUUUCCAAGAUGGAAACCCAUCCAAGGGAAUCUUGACCCGACAUUUUGGUUGUAACUGAUGGCUUGGCCAAAGCCAGCGUUAGUUGCUCUUUGACAUUGACAUUUAUAUUUUCAGAGAUCCUGAAAUGUGUUGAUCCUUAAUGACUGUGAUAGCUAUUCAUAUUUCUAUGGAUAGUGACCAUGUAUCAAGACUUGAUAAUAUUAAUUAAGGGAGAAAACAAGUUUUCUAGAGUGGAAAUGCUUCUCUCUCUCGCUCGCUCGCUCUGUCAGUCACCCAUUGCCUUUCCUCUUAGGAUCAAUACUGUGUAUUGGUUCCAAGAAGAGCAUCAUAGCCUAGGCAAUUGGGAUUAAGUGGCUCAUGGGGGGCCCUCAGCUAAAAGUGUCUGAGGCCAUAUUUGAACCCAGGUUGUGCCACCUAGCUUCUCCAUAUUUCUUUUCUGUACCUCAAUGUCUCCAUGUUGUUUCCACAACAGAAUGAAUCAGAUUCUAAAUGUCGUCUUAGGAUCUGGAACAGUUAACUUGCACCCAACUCAAUAGUGUAAACUUGGCUCCAGUGAGAAUAGAACUGAAAAUCUGGGGACUGGGAGAGAAUCAUUAGUCAUGUUAUUAAAUGUGUCAUAUAUUCAUCCUGUGAAUUUUAAUAGGAAUCAAAGUUUGUUUAAUUCAUAUUUCAAAAGUUUUAUUCAAACCACAAAUUGCCAAAUCCACCCAAGAAAGUUUCUUUAAUAUUCUGGAAUUCUCAUCUGACAUUUCACUGGCUCCAAUUCAGUAUUAGUCACCAGUUUAUAGACUUGACCUUUUAAAUUCUUGGGAUAAAUUCUGGAAUCGUAUUGAAUUCUUCAUCUUUAAAAGGAAUUUUUAAUGCACUAUUUAAAAUUGUUUCCUCGAUGAGCCCUGUGGCUGUAUUUUACCAUUAAUCUCCCUGCAAGUCAAAUCUAUCCAAUUUUGGCCUACAGAAAUUAUACAUGACAAAAUGUUCUAUGCAUUAUUGAACGAGAAAUUCACUUUCCUGAAUCCAGGACUAAUUUCCUAUUGUGUAACAUUGGAUUUUCAAACUUUGGUUUGUAAUUGAGUGCUUGGCCAACAUUUUAACAUUUAAUUAGCAGUUGUGUUCAAAGCAGAUGGCAGAUUAGGAAUUCUCAGAAAAGUUGAAUGUGGUAUUAAUUUUCCAUAUUUAACACAGAUAAAUAGUAUUUGUAUUAAACUUGAUCUUCUUUUCUUAGUUAAGGGUUUAUAAUGUGUUGUCUGUUAUCUACCUAAAGUCAGAUUCUUACAACAGUGACAUAAUUUCCAUAGGUGGUAAUUUCCAUAGCAACUAAUCAUGGUGACAGAAAUGGGAUUAUGAAUUCAAGGAGAGGAAUAAACAGCAGGAGCAGAUGAACACCUUAAAGGAACAAAAAGCCCUUUUCUUGUUAUAACGUUCCUUGUAAGCAAGAACAGAGGGUUGUUUUUUUUUUUUUAAUUUAAUCCAAAUUUCCAAACAAAGCAUUUUCCAUAAGGUGUCAGUAGCAACACUAACCAUCUCAAAUCUUGCUGAAUUCUAAAUGUUGUUGGAAGAAGGAAAUAAAAAUACAAGGAUUAAAUUACUGCCCCGUUCCCUAAUCUCUGGGGAUCUUUUUAAAGCUAUUAAAAGCUCCAAAUCUUGGAUCAGGGCUUCAUUAUUACAAUGCAAAGUAAGUGCUUGGCCAAAGGAGUCUCUGUUAAUUUAAUUGGGGCCUUUAUUGUUUUUUCAUUUAAUAUCUACUGCCCUAGAUGCGGUUUUUAUGUAUAAAAUAUGUUUGUAUAUAGAGGUAUACACACAGAGUGACGUCCUUUUAACGUGAUCUCUUAACGUGAACUUUUGUGUGUGGCCAAGAUUGAGAGAAAGAAUGAGGGAGAAUUUCCCCAACCACUGCAGGAACAAAAGGAGAGACAUGAUCUCUGGUGGGAAGGGAAGGGAGCCCUGGAUACUUGGCUAGGGUAAUUUAUGGUAGAGUCUGCCUAUGAAAUCCUAGAAAUAAAACUCACUUCCUUUCUCCAGUCAAAGAAGUUUAUAUUAAUUGCAGUUUUGAUUGCCCUUUUAACAAAUGACAUUGAAAGCCUAAAUGGAAAAUGCCAGCAUUAAAAUGUAAAAUAAUUCUUGUUUUUUUUUUAAA